AUGCCAAUCCCCCGACCCUUCUCAUCCUCUUCCACCUCGAAAGCUCCAGUCGGGCUAAACCUCCCCUUCCCAACCCCCACCGACAACAAAGUCCGAAUCGUCGAGGUCUCUCCCCGCGACGGCCUCCAAAACGAGAAAUCCCUCGUCCCAACCGACAUCAAAUGCGAACUCAUCGACCGGCUCCGCGAAACCGGCGUGAAAAAUAUCGAAGUGACUUCGUUUGUGUCCCCGAAGUGGGUCCCGCAGAUGUCCGAUGCCGGCGCAAUUAUGUCACAUGUUCGUGGGUUCCAGAGUGGCAGUGAGGAUAGGGGGAUAGAGUAUUCUGUGCUGGCGCCGAAUCAGAAGGGGUUGGAUGCGGCGCUCGCGUCGGGUGUGAAGGAGAUUGCUAUUUUUGGGAGUGCGUCUGAAGGGUUUUCGAAGCAGAAUAUCAACUGCACCAUCGAUGAGAGUUUACAGAGGUUCAGGGGGAUGUGCGAAAAGGCGUUGAAGCAGGGUGUUAGGGUGAGGGGGUAUAUCAGUAACAUGUGUGCGUGUCCGAUCGAUGGAUUGGUGGAUCCGAAGAGUGUGGUGAGGAUGACGAAGGAGAUGUUGGAGAUGGGGUGUUAUGAAGUCAGUGUUGCUGAUACGACAGGCGUUGCGACUCCGGAUCAAGUUCAUCGUACGCUUUCGGCUAUCUUGGAUGCAGGCGUCCCGGCAAACAAGCUCGCAGCACACUUCCACGACACAUACGGCACCGCGGUCCCAAACGUCCUUGUCGCCCUGUCCCUCGGUAUCCGAACCUUCGAUUCUUCCGUUUCCGGUCUCGGUGGGUGUCCCUACGCCAAGGGCGCAAAAGGGAAUGUCGCGACUGAAGACGUUCUAUACCUUCUGCACGGCAUGGGUUGGGAAACGGGGAUUGAUUUGCAGAAGAUGAGUGAGAUUGGGACGUGGGUUAGUGAGAAGUUGGGGAGGGAAAAUGGAAGUCGGGCUGGGAAGGCCUUGAAGGAGAAGAGGGAAGCCAAGUUGUGA